AUGCUUCCGUUGUUAAAAUAGGGCUAGAAAUCGUAGAACUCUGUCCGUAAGAUUGAGUUGACAAAAAGCAUAGUAAUAAAAUAGGAAGACGCAUGUUGAAAAUUCAUAAAAAGAGAGAAGUGAUAAAAAAAGACACUAACAAGAUCGUUAAAUUGCAGUGUACGCGAUUCGCAACUCACCGAUUACGAUAUCAGUGAUUUCAAUGCACAUGAGGUAGGAAAAUGAUCAAAAACUAAAUUCCUUCAUAUGUUUGUUGCAGAGUAACUGGUCGGAGCCGGGAUAUCAGCAGAUUCCACAGCGGAUUGAGGAGGCGCAACGGCGUACCACUAACGACUCGGAUGAUUAUGUCAAGGUGAACGAGCCGAUUUAUGAUUAUCCACCGCGGCCAACGUCGGAGAAGAAGCGGAUUAGUCCGACAGAGGCGGCGCAAUUGCAGGAACUUUGUCAGGAAUAUGAUUUGGGAUUGGAUAUUCCGGGAGUGGCGUCGCAAAGGAAUCAGGAACAGUUUAGAGGGGAGCCGGUUCAACAACAACAGUUCUAUCAGCAACAUCAAGACCCCUUCAGACGGCCAGACCAAGAUCAAUUCAGAGGCCAGCAAGAACCAAUCCAGCAACAGAACUUCUACCAACAACAACAUCAAGAACCCACCCAAGAACAUCAAUUCUACCAGCAAAAUCAAGACCCCUUCAGACGACAAGAUCAAGCUCCCCAACAACAACAUCAAGACCCAUUCCAUCGUCAAGAUUCCCAACCACAAACCAUCAUCAAUGUCCCGAUAAAUCGUCCCAUCCCCAUCCAAGGUCGAGAUGAUCCCAAGAAUCUAGCCACCGCUGAUUUGUUUGUUCAAGAUGCGAUCGAGUAUUUGGGAGGGCAGCAGGUAUUUUUUCAAAAAUAAAUUCAAUAUUUUCUGUUUUUUUUUCAGAAACCUGCACCAUUCGUCAUGGAAGAAGAUAUGUUGCGAAGCCACGAGGAGCCCAAGCAGCAAAAAAGUCUUCGAAAAAUGCCGAGCGGCGAAGCGACGAGUCGACAAGUUCGAACCAACGAUGUUUUUGAGCGUGUCGAACACGAUGAGCAUGAUGAUAUGACGUAUGCUCCAGAAAUUCAAUCAGUUAUGAUUCCGCCGGAUCAAAUGAGUGAGACUAGUGAGAAUAUGAUUGACUAUUUUGAUAAAGUUGCGGCUGAUUCAGAAGCUCAGAUUCAUGGUAAGUUUUAGUUUUUUUUUCCAAACAAUCCAAAGCCUGAUUCUAUUUGUAGAUCUUCGACAAGACACUCUCAAGAAACAGGUUAGUUAUGUUUUUUUCGGAUCUUGUGAUGUCCCCCUGUCCGUCCCAGCUUUAACCCCCUUUGUUUUUUAUAGCCGCCCAAUCGUGCCCAAGUGUCCAACAAAAAACCCGUCGGUCGUGUAAGCUUAUUUGUUGCAUGUCCCAAAAUGUUUUUUUGAAAAUAAAACGGGUUUUUUUGUAGGCUCCACAGAUUUUACCGGCGUUUGGCAAUCGGGCGACAAGCAACUCGUCGUUGGGAUCUGGAAGAUCGGGAAGUUCGGAUAUGUAUCCGUAUAGGAAUGUGAGUAUGGGAGGCUUGUAAAGAGAGGUUGACUAGGGUCUGCUGCUUGAGAAGGGGUUUUCAUAGCGGUGGGGCCUUGGGAAUAUAGUUGAUAAGGGUCAUCUGCUUGAAAAGGGUUUUUCAUAGAGGUGGGGCCUUGGAACGUUGGAUGCAUAGGGUUAGAUACUUGAGAUGAGGCUUGUAUAGGAGUGGGGCCUUGGAACGAUAUAUUCAUAGGAUCAAAUGCUUGAGAAAGCCUCCGUGUAGCGACGGAGCCUUGGAAAAACGUUGAAUAGGAUUAUCUGCUUGAGAAAUAAGCCUACCUAUAAAGGUGGAGCCUUGGGACAUGUGAUUUAUAGGGUUAGCUGCUUGAAAAUUGGUUUGCAUAGCGGUGGGGUCUUGGAAAGAUGGGUGAAUAGGGUUAGGUGCUUGAGAAUGGUAUUGUAUAGGUGUGAGGCCUGCGGACAGGUGGCUCAUAGGCUUAGACGCUUGAGAUGAGACUUAUAUAGGGAUGGAGCCUUGUACAAAAUGUUGUAUAGGGUAAACUGCUUGAUAAACCUGAUAAGCUUAGAAAAGUCUAGAGGUCCAGAGAAUUUUAGCAUUCUUAUUAGAAUUUUUUUAGUUCCAAGUUCUAUUAAGUUUUCAAAAUUAAAAAAAUCUCAACACAAACAUCUGGUUUCAAUUUAUUAUCCAUAAAACAAAAACUCAAGCAUGUUUCCGCACUCACAUAUUUCCCUGUUCAGCUCCGUAAACAAUCAUCCCUUCUCUCGGUUCUUGGCGUAACUUCCAUGCAAGAAAUGUUAUUGCAAAUCAACAGUUUGGACGCAUUAUCAGAAGCGAUGCGUAGAGCGGGUCUCGAAACGACAAAUCUGAUUUUCGGUAUCGAUUACACGGCAAGUAACAAGUAUCAAGGAGAGGAUUCGUUUGGCGGUAGAAGUUUGCACACUAUUCAUCCGAAUGUCAAGAAUCCUUAUCAGCAGGUAGGUCUGGAUUUUUUUGCCACGUCAUAACCACAAUUUUCCUAUAGGUGAUCACCAUUCUUGGUCGAACCCUUGCACCAUUCGCUGGCCACGGUAACAUCGGUGUGUAUGGUUUUGGUGACGCAAAAACCGGCGACUGGAGCACAUUCAAUCUCAAAUCACAAGGCGAUUGUCGAAGUUUGGAUGAUGUUCUCAACGUGUAUAACGCCGUCACACCCAACGUCUCAUUGAGUGGUCCCACCAAUUUCGCCCCGUUGAUUUAUCAAGCAAUGGAGACUUGUCAGAAAUCGCGAGACUAUCACAUUCUGGUGAUUAUUGCCGAUGGUCAGGUGACGAACGAACGAGCAACGCGUAGAGCAAUUGUGCAGGCCUGCCAACAUCCGUUGUCGAUUAUUGUGGUUGGUGUUGGUGAUGGACCGUGGGAUAUGAUGAAGGUGGGGACAGGUUUUUGGGGAGGGCUGGGAAAGAGCUUGGGGAGGGCUGGGUACUGAAGUUUGCGGUGAGUUCUGACUUUUUGGGAGGGACACUAAUUCUAAAUUGCUGAGCUCUAAGCUUGAACUUUGAGAUUUCCGAGCUCUAAGCUUAAAGUUCAGGCCUGUCGAGCUCUAAACAUUAACUCCAAGUUUUCCGAACUCUAAUCCUACCUUAACUUCAAGAUUGCCGAACUCUAAAUUAACUCCGUGAUUGCCGAGCUCUAAUCCUUCCUUAACCCUAAGUUUGCUAAAUUCUAAUUUUUCCUUAACUUCAAGAUUGCGAAACUCUAAUCUUACCUUAACACCAAAAUUGCCAAUCUCUAACUUCAAACUUCUUAACUUCAAGUUUGUCGAACUCUAAUUUUUCCUUAACUCUGUGAUUGCCGAGCUCUGUACCUUAACUUUACGGUUGCCGAACUCUAAUCCUUCCUAACUCCCAGUUUGUCGAGCUCCAAGCUUGAACUUCAAGAUUGCCAAGCCUGUGUCGAACUCUGAUUGUUCUUUAACUCAAAGAUUGCCGAGCUCUAAUCCUUCCCAAACUCCAAGAUUGCCGAACACUUAACUACAAGAUUGCCGAGCUCUAACUCUAAACUUCAAGAUUGCCAAGCCUUAAGCCUGAACUUCAAGUUCCCAACCAACCGAAAAGGUUGCAGAUCUUCGACGAAUCUCUCCCCAAACGUCCAUGGGACAAUUUCCAUUUCGUCGAAUUCCACGACAUUAUCAAAAAAUCGGCAAACCUCGAAGACGGCGAUGUAAAAGUCGCCGUUCAAUCGUUGCUCGAGAUUCCCGAUCAAUAUAGAUGUAUUUGUGAACUUGGACUUUUGGAUAGAUCGAUUCCACCGCGAGGCAGCGAAAUUCGACGAGAAUUGAUGCAUAACCCAUUAUAG